UAACAACGUGCGGUUCGGUCUUGCGGUUUACUCGCCGCCCGGUGAAGCCAGAAAGCGGAAUAAAAUCUAGCCCGAUUUGGGGUCUAAACAAAAGGUGGAAGGCGCAUUCAAACUGCAGAUCUGCAGAUUACACAAGUUGCCCCGCAUAAGGGUUCCUUGAACUCCCCGGAAUAUCACCUCUUCGGGUUGUGUAACCCCCUUCGUUGGCUGCACUUUAAAGGCGAUUACUAUAAAUAUUAAUAGGAUUUAUUGAUUGGCUGUCGGUGGGGCCACAGCCAGAGCCAGAUCGUCGCGAGGCCACAGCCCCAUGUCCUUUCUCUCGCCCACCCUGCGCCUGGAGAAUCUGUCCACGCAGCCCACGAUGACGCAGGAUCAUGUGCCCGAGGACCAGCGCUACAACAAACAGAAUAUCGUGGCUCAGUGGUGUGUGCCCAUCAAUGGCAAGAUGUACCGCAUCGAGCUGGAACAUGGCACAACCAGUGGGCGGCGCAUGAUUUGGGUCAAUGGACGGGAGGUCCUGCGUCGCGACUGGAUGUUCAAACUGGUUGGCGAGGACACGUUUCACAUUGAUCAGACGCGCUGCAUCAUACGCGUUGAUCCUGCGCCGGGCUUCAAGUACGAGUACUCCCUCUACAUCGACGGCAAGUCCCACGAGCAGUACACCGAGGACAUGACGCGGCAGUAUCGGCUGUGGCUAUACACAUGCGAUUCGGCUGCGGAGGCGGCGCAGGAAUACAGGAUAAUGCUCAAGCUGGACACGCUGAGUCUGUUCGUGAACGACGAGCUGCGCACCGAGGAGUCGGUUUUCGUUCACGGCGGCACAGACACCAAGUUCCUGCUGCAGGACACGGAAUUCGUGCUUCAGGCACGCUCAAGUGGCAAUAAACAUGAUGGCAUCGUUCACACUCUGCUGGCGAAUGGGGUGCCAGUUCCGGAGGCGAAGAUUCAGGAGAUUAUGCAAGAGCCGGUCUCCAUUUUGCAGAGCAACUGAGGACCCCGACCCCCAGAACCACACGAUAGGAUAACGUUUUGCAUUUGUUGAGUUUUUCCCAGUUGUUAAUAAAAGUUUUGCGGAAAUUGUUUUCAAACUAA